GUUAUCGAAAAAUCGCUCGAAAAGGAUAUUUUGUUCAUCGCUUGGUGGCAUUAACGUUUUGUCCAAAAGAAGAAGGAAAAGAAUAUGUAAAUCAUAUUGACGGGAAUCCUACCAACAAUAAAGUAUCCAAUCUCGAAUGGUAUACACAGAAAGAAAACGCUCAACAUGCAGUACGUCUUGGGCUUCAGCGCCAACGACUUCAAACUCGAGCUGGAGGGUAUCGUUGGGA